CACAAUGAACGAUAGUGAAAUUUGUAUUUUAAAUUUUUAGAAUUUUAAAAGUUUAGGAAAAAAUGUAAUUUUUUUCUUGUUUGAAUUAAUGUUAUCAUUCAUCAUCAAAUAAUAAUAAAGUUGAUAUAAUUAUCCAAUACAGACCAAUACAGAGAUUUUAUGAUCAAUGAUUGUUUUUAAAAUAUCACUUAUGUUUUUAUUUUGUUAUUUGUAACAUGUUUUGGUUUUAAUUAAAGCGUACGAGUAAAAAUGGUAAAAAACUAUCGUGUAGUUGUAUUUGGCGUGAAAGGUGUUGGUAAGACAGCAAUAUUGGAACAAGCCAUUUAUGGACAUUUCAGCAAAAAUUAUAAACUGUGGCCUACUAUCGAGGAUAUAUACCAAGCUUCUGUAGAAACUGAUAAAGGGACACGUGAACAAGUUCGUUUUUAUGAUACUGCUGGUUUAGAUUUGACACAGUUACCAGAGGUGGGAUUGUAUUCAAAUCCAGAUCCAUCACUUAUGUUAUCAUUUGGUCAAAUAGCUAAGCAGUAUGCAUCCAUUGCAGAUGCAUUUAUAUUAGUAUAUGACACUUGUCGGCCAGAAACAUUUGAUUGCUUAGUCACAUUAAAAAAAGAAAUCGAUAAAAAUAAGGAAAAAAAAGAUGCUUUUUAUGUCAUUAUUGGUCACAGAAUGCGAGAAAUGGAUAUUAAAGCUCCAACUUUGGAGAGUCCUACUAGUCGGGCUUCCCAUUGGUCAAUAAGAGAAAAAAUGAAACAUUUUGAAGUUAAUGCUUUGGACCGGACUAGUUUAUUUGAACCAUUUAUUUAUAUUGCAUCAAAAUUUAAUACUGCACAACCUAAGAGUAGUUUUCCUCAGUUAGUACGAAAAGGUACUCAACAUUAAUACCUAUUAAUUUCAUUAAAUUAUAAUUUUAAUAAGUGUAAUAUUUUAUAUCAUUAAAAUUUAAUAUUAUAUAUUUAUAUUAUGCAAUUAAUAAUUUUACACAAGUUAACUAAAUAAUGUCUUAUUGUCUUUCAUUAUGUAUAAAUUAUAGUUAUUUAUUUUUAAUAAAAAAUAUUUAUGUUUAUAAA